AUGGCCGAGAGGAGCGGAGGGAAGCGGCUCGUGCGGGAAAGGGGCCGGCAGAGCGUGCGGGCGCGGUCGGGGCUGCGCGUACGGGUAGUUCUGGAGGGCGAAGUGCGAGACGUCCGCCUAGACCGCGUCUGCAUCCUCUUUUCCCAUUGCACCCGACCCUUCCUUCCCCAAGAGCAGGGCAUGGCGGGCGCGGGCGGGCGUCGGAGCUGCGUGCCCGGUGCCUGCGCCCCGUUUUUCCACGCGCCCGGGCAGCUGGCGGCCUCGGCGUACUUGGACCGCUACCAGCGGGCGCAGCUGAUGGGGCUGCUGUCUCGGGGGCUCACGGGCCUCGCCCCGCAACCCCGCAAGGCCAGCAGCCGCGACGCGGCGGUGCAGGUGAACCCCCGGCGCGACUCCUCGGUGCAGUGCUCGCUGGGGCGCCUCACGCUGCAGCGCAGGACGCGCGGCCCCGAGCUGGGCAGCCCCCCGAGCAGGGCCCCGAGGCCCGGGCGCUUCCCGCGCUCCGUCGCCGUCUACUCGCCCGUCACCUCCCGCCGCGUGCCCAAGCUCCCGGAGAAGGCCGCGGGGGACGCGGGGCAGCCUGGGGCGCCCCCAGCUUCCACGCCCCGCAGCCCGGACUCGGGAGGAGCAGGAGGAGGAGGCCCGGAGAAGGGGCCAGAGACUGCAGGGGACGUGGCUGCCCCGGGGCGCGCGCCUUCGAGCCCCGAGCAGCCCGCCUCGCCGCCGCCGGGGAAGGACGAGCACGAAGCGGGCGAGGAGGAGCCGGAACCCCAAAUUCUCGAGCCAGGCCCGCGCCUACGCUUCCAGUUCUUAGAACAGAAAUAUGGCUUCUUCCACUGUAAGGACUGUAACAUCCGAUGGGAAAGCGCCUAUGUGUGGUGUGUGCAAGGCACAAGCAAGGUUUACUUCAAGCAGUUUUGCAGACGUUGUCAGAAGUCUUACAAUCCUUACAGCGUGGAGGAUAUCAACUGCCAAAGCUGUAAACAGACGAGAUGUUCCUGCCCCAUCAGACUUCGCCACAUUGAUCCUAAAAGGCCCCAUCGCCAAGAUCUGUGUGGCAGAUGCAAAGGCAAACGCCUAUCCUGCGACAGCACAUUCAGCUUUAAAUACAUCAUCUAA